GCGCCUAAUCGUCCCAAUGAGCGACCAAUAAGUGCGUCUUUGCAUGCUGAAAAACGCACGUCCCCUCUUCACCAUCUAUCCCAGCCUCAGCAACGACGUCCCUCGUACCUCAACUCGUAACAAACGAAAACCUCAAGUUCGGACUUUUCCCAUCUUAAUUUCGAGUAUCAUACUUAUUCAUUUGUGUAUACUUCAAGAGUUAAAGAGGACAUGAGAGACCAUGGCGACCAUGGGCCAAAGGCAACAACCAAUUCCAUACGACUCACGCAGCUAUCUCGCUCAGGUUAGGGUCCAGUUUUCGGAUCAUCCAGACGUCUAUAACCGAUUCCUUGAUAUCAUGAAGCACUUUAAGAGCGGAGCAAUUGAUACCACAAGUGUUAUAAGCCAGGUCUUAACUCUUUUUGCUGGAAAACCUAAUUUGAUCCAAGACUUCAACACCUUUCUUCCUCGAGGCUACAAGAUUGAGUGUGGCACAAAUGGAGAUCCAAACGCUAUUCGAGUCACGACACCAACGGGUACAACGGUAUCAACCAUGCCAAACGCGGUCCUCGGUCCCACGAGCGGUGCGAACGCGCUAGAUGGUGGCAUUCACGAUGGCCCGGCUCAGCAAGGAGAGACGUCUCGACCACUCGACCUUGUGCUGGACUCCGAACUCCCUACUACAUUUCGAGGCCCUAUCACCAUUCAUUCAUACCCCGAAAUUAAUGAUAGAGGGCGACGAUUCACUCGAGAAGAACACUGGGAGGCGGGACGAAUCCUUGGGAACGGAGCAUUUGGAAAAGUGCGCCUGGAGAAAUGCAUUAAAAAUGCAACAAGCCAGCGUUCUAUCCGGGCAGUGAAGAUCGUCAACAAACCCUCGGAUCGGUCUAUGUCCUUAGAUCUCAAUCGAGAACUAGAGGCGAUCUACAAGUUCUCACAUGAUCGGUACAAACGAUGGUUCGUCAAAUCAUUUGGGUGGUUCGACAAUGAAAGUUCCAUCUUUAUUGCUAUGGAAUACUGCCACCAUGGAGAUCUUCACCGCUGCCUUAGCGAACGCAGAAUAACUGUAGGAGAGGUUCAACAGCUCACAUUCCAAAUACUUGAAGGUCUUGACCAGAUGCAUCGGAAUGAUUUCGCUCACAGAGAUCUCAAGCCUGGGAACAUUCUCAUUAAAACAAUGCCGCCAGACGAAAAGUGGUGGAUAGUACUGGCCGACUUUGGCAUCAGUAAACGCGCCGAUGGAAGCAAUGGACCUACAUCAGCAGCCAAGGGCACACUCAUGUUCAUGGCGCCAGAAUUGCGUGGCUUUCAGGAUCGGUUCAAGCCAAGAACUAUAGCUGACUUCAAAGCAGCCGACAUGUGGGCUUUUGGGGAGAUCGUUGUUCUGAUGCUGACCGGCAAAGCUACAUUUCAGAACGACGGAGAGUUGAUGAGAUAUUGUCAAAGACAACGGAGAUUCCAGCUUCCUGAAUCUAUAUCUAUUGGAGUCGAUUGCCAUGAGCUGAUCGCUGGUGUAAUGGCAGCAACCCCCCAGGAUCGAAUGACCACAAGCCAAUGCCUACAACAUCGCUGGAUAAUGUCGCUACAUACUGAGGAAGAGUUCAGUACGCUCAAUUCGGAAUACGGUGGUCUAUUGCUCCCGAGAAUUACUCGAGAUGAGGAAUUAGCUUCAGCUGGUUGGUCAAAUGUAUCCGAUCCUGAGGAGUUGGCUUCGGCUGGUUGGUCAAAUGUAUCCGAUCCUGAGCAUACAACCACAUUAUCAAUAGCGCGACAGAUAUCGCCGAAGCUGCCACCAUUGGAAGGGCCUGUACAGACUCUUAGGGGCCAUGCGGGGGAAAUCUGGUCAAUGGCCUACUCACACGACUCUACCCGGCUGAUAUCAGGGUCACAAGACGGGACGAUCAGGAUCUGGAAUGCGAGCAGAGAAGAGUACAUCCGAAAUUCUGUGAGCCGUUCCUAUAGGAAUUUCGGGGAACGGUAUAUCAGUCCUGUAUAUUCAGUAGCCUUCUCGCAUGACUCUAUCUACAUAGCAGGGUCAGCAAAAGGCACAAUCAAGAUCUGGUAUGCGGACGGCAGGGAGCACCGUCAGACGUCUAAGGCUUAUUGGGGGGGAGGGGAAGUCCUUUCAGUUGCCUGGUCGCACGACUCCACCUGGCUGGCAUCAGGGUCAUCCGACGCCACGAUCAAGAUCUGGGAUGCGAGCAACGUCAAGUGUCUCCGGACGCUCAAAGGCCAUAGCGAUAGGGUUAAAUCAGUCGCCUUCUCGCACGAUUCCACCUGGCUAGCGUCGGGGUCAGCUGACACAACAAUCAAGAUCUGGGAUUCGAGAAGCGGCAGGUGCCUCCAUACGCUCGAGGGCCAUGAGAGUCGGGUUCAGUCAGUAGCCUUCUCACAUGACUCAACCUGGCUAGCAUCGGGGUCAUCCGACCGCACGAUCAAGAUCUGGGAUUCGAGAAGCGGCAGGUGCCUCCAUACGCUCGAGGGCCAUGAGUUUCGGGUUCAGUCAGUAGCCUUCUCACAUGACUCAACCUGGCUAGCAUCGGGGUCAUCCGACCGCACGAUCAAGAUCUGGGACGCGAGCAGCGGCAGGUGCCUCCAGACACUUGAAACCCCUGAAAUGAAUGAGGUCCGAUCAGUAGCCGUCUCGCACGACUCCACCCGGCUAGCAUCAGGGUCAAUAGAUGGCAAGGUCAGGAUCUGGAAGGUUCAGCUACCAUAGUCGUUCGGUCUGGUCAGUGACCUUCUCGCGCACGACUUCACCGAGCUGGUGUUAAGAGUCAGACGAUGAUACGGUAAUGCAGCGACUGAUUUCCGGUCUGGAGUAUGUAUGGGUAUAUGGAUAUGCUUAUGUUGUGGGGAAUGAACUUCAUGUAUCCUAGGAAGAGCGUUAAAACUUUUAGACCAUCAUUGCUUAUUGUACUUUUCCAUAUUGUUAUUGAAUAGCGUACCAUGGAUGAGUGUGUAUUUAUAGAUUAUGUUUUCGCUAAAG